GCCCGGCGGCCAGUCGCGUCCCGGAGCUGCGGAGGAACUCGACUUCUCUCCCCUCCAGGCCCGCGCUCAGACCGCGCGCCCCGCUCGGCCAUGGAGCCGGGCCCCGACGCCGAGGAGGCGCGCACGGUGCGCGAGGCGCUGGGCCGCUACGAGGCGGCGCUGGAGGGCGCGGUGCGCGCGCUGCACGAGGACAUGCAGGGGCUGCAGCGCGGCGUGGAGCGGCGUGUGGCCGAGGCGCUGCGCCUGGCCGGCCCGCUGGCGCGCACCGUGGCCGAGCUGCAGCGCGACAACCAGCGGCUGCAGGCGCAGCUCGAGCGCCUGACGCGGCAGGUGGAGGCGCUGGGUUUGGGGACCGGGCAGUCCCCCGCGGCCGGCACUCCCGGCACGCCCAGUCCUCCGCCCGCGCCCGGCGUCCCCGGCCGCGCGCCGCGGCUGGGCAGCGCACGCUUCGCCAGCCACGCCACCUUCUCGCUAUCCGGCCGCAGCCAGAGCGUGGAUCCCCAGGAGGAAGCCAGUGAGCUGGAGACGAGGAAAGCCUCAGACCCGUGUGUCAUCGAGAAUGGGCACCAGCCGGGGGCAGGUCUGGGCGAUGGACCCCCGGAGGCUGCCCAGACGUUCCCAGCGCCAGAGCCGCCCAAGCCUCGCCCCGUGAGCCUCUCCUUGCGGCUGCCUCACCAGCCCGUCACGGCCGUCACUCGGGUCUCUGAGAGGUUCUCGGGGGAGACCUCAGCCACAGCUGUCUCGCCCACGUCCGCCGCCGUCCUGGGGGGCCUGAGCCCCAGCCCCAGUGAGGCCACCACACUGUGGACCCCCGGUCCCAGCGAGAAGAACCCAUCCGUCCCGCGGUUGAGCGCCGGCUACGGGGCAGCGCCCACAGGCAGGAACAGCGACAGCCCACCCCUGGUGACGCCGCCCCGGUCGCCCCCGUCCCCCCCGCCGCCAGCCACCGCCCAGGCCCGGCGCCGGGAGCUGGUGAGGUCGCAGACGCUGCCCCGCACGUCGGGAGCACAGGCCCGGAAAGCCUUGUUUGAGAAGUGGGAGCAGGAUACCGCGGGCAAGGGCAAGGGCGACACGCGGGCUGAGCUGAAGCGGUCCCAGAGCUUCGGGGUCGGUGCCGGCAGCAUCAAGCAGCUCCUGCUGCGAUGGUGUCGCAAGAAGACUCUAGGCUACCAGCACGUGGACCUGCAGAACUUCUCCUCCAGCUGGAGCGACGGAAUGGCCUUCUGCGCCCUGGUGCACUCCUUCUUCCCCGACGCCUUCGACUACAGCGCCCUGAGCCCCACGCAACCGCAGAGGAACUUCGAGCUGGCCUUCUCCAUGGCUGAGAAUCUGGCCAACUGCGAGCGCCUCAUCGAGGUGGAGGACAUGAUGGUGAUGGGCCACAAGCCGGACCCCAUGUGCGUCUUCACCUACGUCCAGUCACUGUACAACCACCUGCGUCGCUUUGAAUGA